AUGCAGUUGGUUCCUUCCAUACUGCUUUUUUCGGUGCAUUGUGCCUUGUCUUUCUCGGAUGCAAGCUCCAUGAUGCGUUGGUUGGUGUUGGCAACAAAGCGCGAGCCUGCCUGCCCGCUCGAGAACCCAUUGAGGCUUCGUGUUGAAGAGGCCAUGUUGACAUUGACAGAAGAGAACUUCGUGAUUGCAAGCCGCUUCUUGCAGCAUGGCAUGUUCUUGGCCACCAUCAUGUACGAGUGUAUGGGGGCACCACGGUUUGCUGGACUAUGCUUCAUGUUCUAUGCGACUUUCUUGGUCAUAGCAAAGGGCCACAUCAAAAUGACAGCAGCGAGGGUCAAAGGCUUUGUGAUCCUGAAUUAUAUCACGUUCCUCCCGGUCCUGUUCGCUGGCGACCUCUUUGCCGCGCUAGGGCGACCGGAGGUGCUGGAUCAGCUCAAGAUGGCCUAUCGCUUCAUACUGGUCGUGCUCUACGUGGACGGUCGUUUGCACCUACCAGCUCAGUUUGCCACGUCGUCUUUGGAGGUGGCCUUCUACUUGUGGAAUCGUGGCUGGGAUGAGCCAGCGGUGCCCUUCGUGUUCGGCCAGGCGUUCACGGCAACGAUGACGAGCACGUUGAGCGUCGUCUUGGGGUAUUAUCUCCGCCAGCGACUCAUGGCCCAGUUCAGAUCCGCUGACGCCGAGUCUAUCACUUCAGGCUUCCGGCAGAUGCUUCGAGGAGUCUGUGAUGGCGAGGUGCUGCUCAAUGGCAGCUUGCAAGUGGAAGGAAGCAGCCGCUGCCUCAGCCGCCUCCUUUCAAGAAAGGAGCAGCUGGAAGGGAAGCGCUUCCAGGACUUUCUCCUAAAAGACGAUGAGGAGCAACGCCGUUUCAAUGAAUUCAUCUCCAGGCCCUCUGGAGGCUCCGAAGACACGCCCGCAUGCCUGCGCGUGUCCUUGUGCGGCACAUCAGCCUCCCGGAUCGGCGUCGACGUGUACCACGUGGCGCUGCCCCGCCUCUAUGGAUCAGAAGAGACCUAUCACCUGCUGGCCAUGAAGGAGGACGCGGUGCAGACAAUUCCCGAGGCGACUCUGGACCUCCCGGCGCCGCUCCAUCCGAGCUUGGAAAGCCGAUCUCCUGUUCGGAGGUCGGCCAGCCUGCCUGGGGGGGUGCAGCGCCCGGUGGCGCCUCGCAUAGGCGAGGUCCAGGACGCUCCAGCCUUCUUGCUGAGCAGCUUACCUCAGCUCUCGGACAUGGUGCUGCUGCUGGAUCCUGCCUCACCACAGCACGACAUCCGCCAGCUGCACCUAAACUACCAACAUAGCAAGAAACGGCGGUCUGAUGACGGCACUCCCAGCCUGAGAAAGCUUAUUCGGCCGACUGACUGGGAGUCUGUCCGGGCCAGCAUUAAAAAGUAUGCAGCCCAGUCGGGGCAGAAGUCGUUGCCCCAAAAGCUGCUGCGCCCCUUCUGGGUUCGAGUUCUUGACAAUCCCAGCAGGUACAUGCUGGUGCAGCAAGGAAAGUUGUACUUCUCGAAUUCGCACAGCUCGAGCAGCUCUGGUAGCGCGGGAAGUCGGCUUUGGCUCCAUCUUUCAGGUUUCACCAUUGCGAAAAAGACCGGGGCAGCACCUUCUGAGCUGCAGAGCAUCGGGGAGCGAAGUGAGCAGAGUGAGCAGGAGGACUCAAGAACAGAAAGCCGUGAGCAAACCGAAACGAUGUCCGAAGGCUGA